AUGCCCAAGGUUCACUUGUUGGACUAUGUCGCCGGCAACAUUCGCAGUCUGGUCAACGCCGUAGAGAAGCUGGGUUAUGAGGUCGAUUGGAUCCGGUCGCCAGAAGAUGUGUCCCGAGCAGAGAAACUCAUUCUUCCUGGAGUAGGCCACUUUGGCCACUGUCUCUCCCAACUCUCCCAGGCAGGCUACCUGCCCGCCAUCCAGAAACAUAUUGACGAGGGCAAACCCUUCAUGGGCGUGUGUGUCGGCCUGCAAGCCCUAUUCGAAGGGUCCGUCGAGGACCCCGACGUACCCGGGCUCGGUGUGGUGAAGGGAUCCCUGGGCCGCUUCGACGACUCGAUCAAGUCAGUUCCGCACAUUGGCUGGAACAGCGCCAGCACCGCCGGCCAGUCCAUGUACGACUUGCGCCGAGACUCGAAAUACUACUACGUCCACACAUACCGCUUCCCCUACGUCAAGGGCCAGCUGGAAGGCCAAGGAUGGACCGUCGCGACAGGCACCUACGGCACGGAAACCUUUGUCGGCGCCGUGGCCAAGGGCAACAUCUACGCAACACAGUUCCACCCGGAAAAGUCGGGCGUCGCAGGCCUGCGAACCCUCCGCGCAUUCCUCAACGGCCAGGGCGCCGAAACCCUGGGUUCGCCAUCCUUGCCGGUCGAUCCAGUCUCUUCUGAGGCCAAGGACGGCCUCACCCGCCGCGUCAUAGCCUGCCUCGACGUCCGCACCAACGACCAGGGCGACCUCGUCGUCACAAAGGGCGACCAGUACGACGUCCGCGAAAAGAACGACGCCCGCGACGUCCGCAACCUCGGCAAGCCCGUCGAAAUGGCCAAGAAGUACUACCACGACGGCGCCGACGAAGUCACCUUCCUCAACAUCACGUCCUUCCGCGACUGCCCCAUCGCCGACCUCCCCAUGCUGGAGGUCCUGCGCCAGACAUCGCAGACCGUCUUCGUGCCGCUCACCAUUGGCGGCGGCAUCCGCGAUACCGUCGACACGGACGGCACAAAGGUCUCCGCGCUCGAAAUCGCAACAAUGUACUUCAAGUCGGGCGCGGACAAGGUCUCCAUCGGGAGCGACGCCGUCAUCGCCGCCGAGGAGUACUACUCCCUCGGCCGCAAGCUCUUCGGCAACACGGCCAUUGAGCAGAUUUCCCGCGCGUACGGCAACCAGGCCGUCGUCGUGAGCGUGGACCCCAAGCGCGUCUACGUGCCCAAGCUCGACGCCACCCGCCACAACAUCAUCGAGACCAAGUUCCCCGGCCCCAGGGGCGAGCCGUACUGCUGGUACGCCUGCACCAUCAAGGGCGGCAGGGAAACGCGGGACAUGGACGUCGUCGAGCUGGCGCAGGCGGUCGAGGCCAUGGGCGCUGGAGAAUUGCUGCUGAACUGCAUCGACAAGGACGGCUCAAAUACCGGCUUUGAUCUCGAGCUCAUCACCCAGGUCAAGAAUGCCGUCAAGAUUCCCGUCAUUGCCUCCAGCGGUGCUGGCAACCCGGGCCACUUUGAAGAGGUCUUUAGCAAGACUACGACGGAUGCCGCCCUCGGCGCCGGCAUGUUCCACCGCGCCGAGUAUACAGUCAAGCAGGUGAAGGAUUACUUAAAGGACAAGGGCCUCGUAGUGAGGCAAUUUGAACAAGACCUGUCAUGA